UCACCGUCGCAGUCAAAGAUAGACGAUGCCUGCUGACUCAACAGUUAUCAGCUUGUGUUAUCAGCCCCGGCGUCUAUCAACAACUUGACUCGACAUUUGGGAAUUGGUCAGUCUACUGUGCUGCUCCGUCCGGCUUCAUCAUGGCUGAUCCCAAUGACAAAAAGCGCCGUGCUCCUCCUGCUCUGCGCAUCCUGUUGGACUUGGAUGUUGCCGUCACAAAUAAGUUUUGUGCAGCGGUAACUCGUGCUGCCCCUCAUUUGCUUCAAAGGAAACAUCACAAAGUGUUGGAGAUUUCCUGCCAUGGCGUCCCCUGGCUUGUUGGCUGGGUUGCUUACAUGCUGUUGACCACGGACCCCUCCUUGUACCAAUUGCAGGCCAAUUUUUUGUAUGGGCUCUUGUUGGACGUCAUAGCUAUCACUGUGAUCAAAGCAUUCGUUCGACGUCGAAGACCAGCUGGCAAUGAGUCUGACAUGUUCAUGACUGUGGGGCCGGACAAGUUUUCUUUCCCAUCUGGGCAUGCAAGCAGAGCAGUCUUCAUAAGUCACUUCUUCAUCUAUUAUCUUGAAUUGUCUUUGCUUGCUUUGCCCUUGGUAGCAUGGUCUGCAAGUGUGUGUGUUUCUAGAGUUUUGUUGCGACGUCACCAUGUGUUUGAUGUCAUUUGCGGAGCUCUCUUGGGAAUAGUUGAAAGCCUAUUCGUGUUUUACUUUUGGCUGGGCCAGGAUACCUGUUUGUGGAUCAUUUCAAUCUUCACUUCAUAGUCACAGUAUAUUUCUAGAUGAUAAAUCUCUUAAUAUUCCUCUCUGACAUGUGAUCUCAUAGCUUGAACUGUGUUAAAAGAUAGAAGUCAUAAAUUCCUUGUAUUACGAAAGAACUUCUGUGAUUCUGAAGUAUUUUAAUUAUAUUUUCACAGCAAACUAUUAAACGGGCUUUGAGAGAGUAUUUUUGUAUUAGCAUAAACGGGAAAACAACAGUCUUACCUCAAGAGAUACUGACAAUUUGUUCAAAACAAAAUGUUUCUCUAAAAAUAAAUCGUCUUCCCUUCUUGAUUGUCAA